AACAGGACGUGGAGACGGUGUCACAUCCAGCAGCUUUACUCACAUCAACAUGUCUCAGGCUUCAUUACAGCUCUGCUCAAACUCACUCUUGACUUUUGCUUAUUUUUGUAUUGGAUCAAUCUGAGUCGUGGCUGCAGUCGGAAAUAAGUGUGUGAACAUGGAGACGGUCAGUGUGUUCCUGAGCCUCCUUUGGGCUUCAGGUUUUACAGGAGCUUUGGCUCAGUGCCCCAACAAGGAUCCAGACCUCUUCAUCACUGCACCAAAGACGAUGGAAGCACUGACUGGAUCCUGUGUGAUGAUCCCAUGUAGCUUUAGAACUAAACCAGAUCAAACCAUCAGCAGCGGAACCAUCUACGGCGUGUGGAUUAAAAGUGACUCUAGAUUUUAUCUAAAUCCAAACAAUGUGAUCUACAACAGCAGUAAGACAGUUAACAUUUAUCCAAUGAAUAUCACUGGAAACCUGAGACAGAGAAACUGCACCACUCUUUUCUCUGAUCUAAAAGCAACAGACACAGACAGGUACUACUUCAGGAUAGAGAACGGAGCAUUAAGAAGAACAGCUGUCUGUGAUCCUGUUCAAAUCAAUGUCAGAGAUGCUCCUGGAGGCCCCACACUUGACAUCUCAGGUGAUCUGAGGGAGGAUGUGUCUGUGACUAUAACCUGCUCAGCUUCCACUCCCUGUCCACACCUCCCUCCUAAACUCACAUGGAACCUACAAGCAGAACCUGACAACCACAGAGAGGAAAACACAGAUGGAACCUUUACUACUAAGAUCCAGGAGACCAUCACUCUGUCAGACAAACAUGAUGGACUCACCAUCAACUGUUCUGCCUCAUAUCCUGUGACUGGAGGCAUCAAGACAGAAAAGGCUCUUCAGACUCUCACUGUUUCAUAUGCCCCCAAGGACACCUCAGCCUCCAUCAGUCCAUCGGCUGUGGUGUCAGCAGGUAGCUGGGUGAACCUGAGCUGCUCCAGCAGAGCCAGGCCUCCUGUCAGCAGCUUCACCUGGUUCCAGAUCAGCAGUGAUGGAGCCAAAACCAACGUAUCUAAAGGAGCCUUCUACACAUUUAAUGCCAGAGGUGGAGGCGUUUACUACUGCGUGGCCUCCAACGGCCUCGGUGCCCAGCCAUCACAACAGCUUCAUCUGACUGUUGGAGAUGCUCCUGGAAGCCCCACACUUACCAUCUCAGAUGAUCUGAGGGAGGAUGUGUCUGUGACUAUAACCUGCUCAGCUUCCACUCCCUGUCCACACCUCCCUCCUAAACUCACCUGGAACCUACAAGCAGAACCUGACAACCACAGAGAGGAAAACACAGAUGGAACCUUCACUACUAAGAUCCAGAAAACCAUCACUGUGUCACACAAACAUGAUGGACUCACCAUCAGCUGUUCUGCCUCAUAUCCUGUGACUGGAGGCAUCAAGGCAGCACAGACUCUGGUGACUCUCAGUGUUUCAUAUGCCCCCAAGGACACCUCAGCCUCCAUCAGUCCAUCGGCUGUGGUGUCAGCAGGUACCUGGGUGAACCUGAGCUGCUCCAGCAGAGCCAGGCCUCCUGUCAGCAGCUUCACCUGGUUCCAGAUCAGCAGUGAUGGAGCCAAGGCCAACGUAUCUAAAGGAGCCUUGUACACAUUUAAUGCCACAGGUGGAGGCGUUUACUACUGCGUGGCCUCCAACGGCCUCGGUGCCCAGGCAUCACCACAGCUUCAUCUGACUGUUGGAGGUCAUGAAGCUUCUCAGUUGGACGUUGUUCAUGUCACACUGAAAACCAUUCUGGGGCUCAUGGUUCUGGUCAGCAUCGGCAUUGUCUGUGAUCGCUGUCUUAGACCAAGAUCCUUCAAUAACCAGCUGGAGGACACGGCAGCAGGCGACUACGUCAACAUCGUCAGCAUGAGGAGAAGAGGAAGCCCGUUCAUAUAGACCAGGGGUUGGCAACCGAAGACACAAGGCUCUUUCGCCCUUAUACUGCGGCUUUGCGUGGCCUGGAAAAUCAAUUGAAAUAUUUUAAAAUGUAAAAAAAAAUUCCACUCAAAAUCGCAUCGCAGCAGCUGCUGCUGUCGCGCUCCUCCCCGGUUCACUCGCCUAACGUGUCCUCACCGCUGCCGGUGUUAAGGAUUAAUGCGUUUCUAGUUUAACUGGUGACCGACUUCCAAUUGCACACUGGUUGCUGUUAGUUAUCGGCAGCUGUUUAAAGCAGAGAGAAGUCUGUUUUGUCGUCAGUAUGCGAUCUGAACAAUCUUUACAGUUUUUACAGUUUAUUCUGAUACAGAUUGAUCGUUGCUCCUAAUCUAGCUAUGGAAGUAGCUAAAAGAGAAGGCUUUAAUACGUCUGCUGUUU